UUUUUUUUUUAUAUACGAGAUAGAGAUAUACACUAAAAUAAUAAGCUCUACUUUAUCUCUUUACCAUGGAUGGAAUAUAUGUUAUAUUAAAGCAUCCCAAAGCCCUACAUUCUUAUGCACCCAACAACAACAGAAAAGAAGAGCCAAAGCCAGCUAAACUGAAAUCACCCAAGGCAAGUCAUGUUUCAAAUCUCUCCUCAAGGUCAUGUAUCAUGCAUAAGUUGAAGACAACAAAGCCUACUUUUUAUCUUCUUUUUUCAAGCCACUAAAAUUCAAAAGAAAAAGAAAUACUUACCUGCUUCUGUGCUUUUCCUUUUGGUAGAUCUAUAUACAAAGAGAAGGAAUUUCCCAAAACAUGAUUCAAAAACUCCUAGGUGGCUCUUCCGGCUUUAAUUUUGGAGGAGGUGGCAGAAAAUUCUCCAUCAAUGGAACCAUUCUGGAUGGUACUAUUGCUGCUACACUUACUUCUUCUCCAUCAUCAUCACCUUCUCCUUCUUCCCUGACUUCUCCGUCGUCGACGACUACGAAUAACUCCGCUGCUGCUUCGGCUGCAAAGUCGGACCAGAGCCAGAAUUUGAGGUGUCCCAGAUGUGAUUCGUCCAACACCAAGUUUUGUUAUUACAACAACUACAACCUCACUCAGCCCCGUCACUUUUGCAAGACUUGUCGUCGGUAUUGGACCAAAGGGGGAGCUCUCAGGAACGUUCCUAUUGGCGGUGGGUGUAGGAAGAACAAGAACAGUACUACUGUUUCGACGACGAUGGGAAAAUCAAGUGCUUCUAAGAUGAAACCAGUAGUGUCUGAUAUUGGAAGAUCUGGUCAUGCAAACGGGUUCGAUCAUGAGAUUCAAUCGACUCCCAACCUUUGGGCUUCACCCCAGAGUUCUAAUCUUCUAGCCUUAUUGAGAACUACCCAAAACCCUAACCCCAACACUUUGUCUACUAAUAUCAAGGAAGAGAUGAGCUUGGUUGGAUCACAUGUCAUGAACGAUCCAGCUGCGUUAAAUGAUCGAACCCUAGGCUUGGAUCCUCUUAGCCACGUCCAUUCUCUUGGACUUUGCAGCCCUUUGUGGAGAAACAAUCAACACCAAGCUCAACUGCAACAACAGAACAAUAAUAAUAAUAGUAAUUAUGGAUCGUUCCUACAAGGUGAAGUUCAAAACACAGGGAUUCAAGAACUGUAUCAGAGGCUCAAAUCAUCAUCAAAUUACUACUCUGAUAGCACUGCAGUAGUUCUAAGCAAUGUGAGUUCUUCUUCUUCAUCUUCUUCAUCAGUUUUGGAGUCGGCUCCAAUUGCAGGUGGAGAAUUGAGUUACUGGAAUCCGCCAUUUUCAUCAUGGUCCGAUCUCCCAACACCUAAUGGUGCAUAUCCGUAAAGAACCCUUUUCUUUCCCUUUGAUCAUUUUAUCUCAGCUUUUUAAUAUGCUAAUGUUGUUGCAGUGCCUUCUAGUAUAUGAAUAUAUAUGGCUGUAUGGGUUUUCAA